AUGAGUUCCACGACUUCGUCGCCCAGGUUGGUGACCGUCGCUGCCUGCCAGCUUGGUCCUGUUCAUCAUGCAGACUCUCGGCAAGAUGUGUUAAAGCGCAUGCUAUUGCUUUUGGAACAGGCCGCGCAGCAAGGAGCAAAACUUGCAGUCUUCCCAGAGCUUGCUUUCACCACGUUCUUCCCACGAUACCUUCUCGACGAAGCAGACUUGGACCAAUAUUUUGACGUCGAAGAUCCCAGUAAGAGUGGAAUUGAGCAGUCCCCAAACGUCAAGCCUCUUUUUGACCGUGCAAGUGCACUGGGUAUUGAUGUGUAUGUGGGCUACGCGGAACGCAGUAUUCAAAAAGACGGAACCCAUAUCGACUACAACUCCAGUGUUUACUACUCAGCGAAUGCAAAAAAAAUUGUCGGGAAAUAUCGCAAAGUUCAUCUUCCAGGCACCGUGGAGCCUCGUACUGAGCCUGGCGCCGUUCAGCAGUUAGAGAAGCGCUAUUUCCGCCCGGGAGACCUUGGAUUCCCGGCAUUCAGAGCGCCCGGGCUUGUCGAGGGUGCACUAAAGUCGAGCGGCCAGUAUACCGCUGCACAAUCAGCUGGCAAAGGCGAUCCGAUCAUUGGAAUGCUCAUCUGCAAUGAUCGACGUUGGGCCGAGGCGUGGCGCGUGUACGGCCUCCAAGGAAUGGAGAUUUUAUGCUGUGGAUAUAAUACCACUGCAUUCCCGACUACUGCCAGUGGGCAUCAGCUGGAUCUAACUCCUGAAGCGGCCGAGGAGAUGGUAAUGUUGCACCAUAAGCUUUCCUGCCAGGGAAACAGUUAUAUGAAUGCCUGUUUUAGCAUCAAUGUGGCAAAGACAGGCGCUGAAGAUGGGAAUCCCUUGGUGGGUGGUACUAUCAUUGUGCAUCCGCUUGGGCACAUUAUCAAGGAAGCUCAAACGAAGGAUGACGAGUUGGUUCUGGCAACAAUUGACUUGGCAGAUUGCCACCGACCUAAGAGUACUGUUUUCGCGUUUGAGAAGCAACGUCGACCUGAACACUACCAUCCUAUUCUGGAUCAGACUGGGGUUAUUGAGCCAGACUUGCUAUGA